UUGCUAUGUCACCGUUACUUCUACAAUAUACUUCCGGUUUCUAUUGAUUACUUCUUUCUUCAGCUGAAAAUUCUUGGAUUUAUAAGUAAAUAGGCCAUUUACUAUGUUCUACAUUGUGUGUCGCUGGACUGAAUCCGACAUAAGCCAAAACAUCAAUCGUUUAUAACAAAGUGGUGAUCGGGUCUUUUUGUGAAAUAACUUGGUACCAGUGGAAUACCUUGUGGUUUGUCAUCGUCGUUUACGCAGGUAUUUAUCUCGAUACGUAAAGCUCAUCGAUAGUUCUCUGUCACUCUUUCAUGGCACGGGAGGUUAGGCUCUAGUCCUAAUUUCUAUCCCAUUCCAUACAAUACACAAAUGAACACGAACUAUAUGUUCAUUUUGCUCGUCAGCUGUUUUGCUACUUUGAAUAUUCGUGUCGUUAGUAGCACAGAGGACUUGUAUGAUGUCCUAGGUGUGAGCAGGUUCGCCUCGUCCCAGGAAAUUAAAAAAGCCUAUAAAAACUUAGCCAAAAUAUGGCAUCCUGAUAAAAAUCAUGAUCCUGAUGCCACAGACAAAUUUAUGAAAAUUAACGAAGCUUAUGAAACUUUGGCCGACAAUGAUAAACGCUCUAUGUAUGACAGACAUGGUUAUAGCUCUGCACAUGAGCCGCCUCCUGGGAGUCAAAGAGGGGGAGGCUUCGGCGAAUUCCCCUCGUUUUUUAGGCACGGGCCCUUCGGCUCAUUUAAUUUCAACUUUGGAAACAGUGAAUCUAUCCUUGAUAAAUAUACUAUUUCUUUAAGAUUUUACGAGAACCAUGUUCUUCCCAACAGUUAUUUAACCCCCUAUUUUUUAUAUGCGUAUACAGACUUUUGUUUUGCCUGCAUGCACUAUGAAUCUUUGAUUGAAAAAAUGAUCAAGGAACUUGAAGAAGUUGGUAUUGGUGUAGCAACCGUUCAUGUGGCUUCUAGUCGACCCCUUGCAAGUAAACUUCGGCUUCACGAAGUGCCCCAAAUCAUGGGCGUCAUCAACGGUCAUGUUCACUAUUUGAAAAAACAAAUAUCGCUGCAGAUUCUCAGGGAUUUUAUCCGCAACCUUUUCCCAACCAAUACCAUUCAACGUUUAAAUGACAAAAAUAUCAAAGACUUUUUGCUCGGCUGGCCCGACAAUCGAGUCCGAGCACUGUUUUUUUCUUCAAAAGACAAGAUUCCAGGUAGGUUUCUUGUACCUGCAUUCAGAUUUAAAGAGAAAAUAGCAUCUGGUUUCAUCAACAUGAAGGAGGCGUCUGCUGUGGCCAAUAGCUUACAGAAAUAUAAUAUUAAUAACAAUGCUAAAGACACACUUAUCAUUGUAGGGGAGAAUAUCAACAGUACUCUGGGAGUCGUAUCCAUGCCUUCAUUAUCCAAAAAUAACGUCGUGGAAUUUAUGAAUAGAUUUCAGUUUCUGACUUUACCACGAUUAUCUUCUGAACUAUUUUUCGAUGAACUCUGCCCCAUUGAGGGCAAAGUUAAACAGAGAAAGCUGUGUGUUGUUCUUUUGACUUUGAAAACUGAAGAACAUGACACUCAUCGAACAUUAUUUCGAAAUUAUGUUCAGCAGGCACCAUCCUUUCAGAAUCGAGUGAGAUUUUCAUACAUAUUCAAAGAUGUUCAAUAUCGGUUUGUUGAUUCUCUGUUAGAUGGCCGUCACUCAGACGAGACUGAAGACAGGCUGAAGAUAGCUGUUUUAUGGCGAAUGAACAAAAACUAUAUAAAUUAUGAAUGGAUUGAACCUGGCUGGUCAAAAGAACUUCAUGAAAACCAAGUCGUUUGUCAAAAUAUGGAAAAGCACUUGCAAGAAUUACUUGUUGGUUCCAAUCAGCUUCAUUACACUGCCACAUAUACUUCAUUUUAUAAUGAACAUUCUUCUGGAAUGUUUAUGAACAUUUUAACAAAACUGUCUAAUGGUUGCUAUGAUUUCUACGAAUAUAUUUCAGCAGGUGUAAGUAACUUUGAUAGCGCUAUGUGGCUUACCAUUUGGUUAGCUAUUUUAAUUAUUGGAGUAUUAUUCCAAAGAAAGCUUUUAAUUAAAGAGAUGAAAAAUCGACAGUCAGAGAGAAGGCAACGUCAGUCCACAACUACUGCAGAAGCAUCAAUAUAUAAAAAUUCGAAAAUACAUCUGCAUGAACUUUGCAGCCAGACCUUCAGUAAGUUGAUGCUAAAUGAGGAUUCUUGCUUAACAAUUACAUUAUUAGUUAACAAAGAAAGCAAGGAUAAAUUAUUGGCCAAAUUCUUGCAAAUUGUUACACGAUAUUCAUGGUCAAAAAUAUCAAAAUUUGCAUUUCUUCAAUUAGAUCAUUAUUUGAAUUGGUAUCAACGAUUAUUGAGAGACAGCAAUGUUUACUUUGGGCAGCUCUCUGAAACUGAUUGCACUGGAACGGUAAUUGCUUUUAAUGCUUAUCGGAAGUACUAUUACAUUUUUCAUUCAAAGACUGCCUCUAAACGGGCAGAAAAUGCAAACAUUGGUAAGAAAUGUUCCAUAUUUGACUCUGAUUCAGAUGAAGCUGGUGAAACUGAAAAUGUUGUAGAUGAUCUGAAAGGUUUGGAAAACUGGUUAGAUAAAAUUAUUGAGGGAAUGUUGGAAAGGAUUUCUAUUCAGAAUUGGCCACAAAUGGAAAAUUCUCUAUGAGUUGUUAAACCUUGUCCUUUUUUCUUGUCGUAUGUAUUGUUUGUGUCUAGAGUUCUUGCUCCUGGAAAUCUGUUGAGGUGGUCUGUUUGUGGCAACUGCUGUAGAAGAUAUCAAUAAUAGUCUGUUGACAAUAAAGCCAGUUUUUCAACAGAUCUCUCUCUCUCUCUGCAACAACAACAGGCAACAAUUGAUAGACAAACUGGGGGCUAAUAUUUAUUUCUAGUUUACUACCAACUACAUGAACCAAUAAGCAGGAGCCAGGACAAUUUAUUCAAUUCCAUUUUGUUGUUUCGAAAUACUAAUAUGCUGCUAUCCUCUGAACUCUACUGAGACUAAACAUUUUCAACAAUAUUACCAUCUCCUCUCUCUCUAAACAUUUCAUGGGUGAAAAAUGAAAAAUUCUUUGGAAAGCAAUUUGAACACAGUAAUUUGGAAUAGCUAAGCUAUUUUAUUUUGUGCAAUAAAAGUUUGCAAGAAUAUAACAUCAAUUAAAUAAAGAAAAAAAAAGAAAGAAAACAAAAUGAUAAAGCCAACUUUUUAAAAUCCUCUUUUCUUCUACAUUUCUUCCAUUUGAAUGAUUGAAGCUGGUCAUCAAAUUGAUGUUAACUUGUGACUGGGAAAAGCUGUUUCAUUUUCAAGUUGUAUUGAUCCAUCCAAUCACCACUUGCUGUCCUCUUUGUAAAACUCUUUAAUUUUCCUCUCUUUUGCAAGCAAGUUUUUUAUAUUUACAGCACACUUUUGCUACAAAUAAGCUGACAUAUAUCACCCUUGACAAACAUUUUUUUCUAUGAAACAAAAUCUUUUCAGUGCAAAGAUGAAUAGGAUUUUUUUUAAAACUCAAUUAUUUAAAAUAAUUUUAUUCUUUGAACAACUACAAACUCCUAUCACUGACUUCAUUAACUCUUGCUUCUGCACUCAUUAACCUAUGAAAAUUAUUGCAACACUAGUUUAGUGAUUUACAUAUGCUAUUUACUUUUCACAUGGGAGGUAGCUGCUAUGCAGUUGCUUGUCCUGCUGAAAAUUGCAGCCAAAUCUCCCGCAUAUCAUCACAUCACACUCUAGUGUCUUAGAAAAGCACACAUUGGAUAAUGCACUCUUAGGUGCACUGUGCCAAGAUGAAGAGGGGCUGGUCACGGCUGGAGCGCCUUUGCUCGGAGCUGACCUGGGACUAAAGCAACAACAACUAUUUGAGUCAAAGACUUUACAGCAGCCUGAGAUUUGUGCAAGUUGGAAUAAAUAGAAAACUGAAAUUUAAUUUUGUAAUACAGCCAUGCAAUGGGUGGUAUGGUGUGAGGGGUCAGGGUGUAGGAAUAAAAACAACUUUGAAUUUAGUAUUAGGAACACUAAUUAUAUUAAUUUACUGGAGCAAUUUAUAAAAAAAAAUAUUGAUUAAUGUUUGCAAGGGAAGCAGAUGACCGUAUUGUCAUGGAUGCGAUUGGAAAUGGUAGAUGAAGG